AUGUCUUACGGCGGCGGUGGUUAUGGUGGAGGAGGCGGUCGAGGAGGAUACUCUGGGGGUGGGGGCUAUGGCGGUGGCUAUGGUGGUGGUGGUGGUGGCGGUGGUUUUGGUGGCGGAGCUUCAGGCGACCGCAUGUCCAACCUCGGCGCAGGCCUCAAGACGCAACAGUGGGACAUGAACACACUUCCCAAGUUCGAGAAGUCGUUCUACAAGGAAGAUCCCGCGGUCGCCGCGCGCAGUCAGGCCGAAGUCGACGAGUUCCGCAAGAAGGCUCAGAUCACCAUCCAGGGCCGCGACGUUCCCAAGCCAGUCGAGACCUUCGACGAGGCCGGUUUCCCGAAUUAUGUCAUGAGCGAGGUCAAGGCGCAGGGUUUCGACAAGCCCACCGCGAUUCAGUCUCAAGGCUGGCCCAUGUCUCUCUCUGGUCGCGAUGUCGUCGGUGUCGCCGAGACCGGAUCCGGAAAGACUCUCACCUACACUCUCCCCGCCAUCGUCCACAUCAACGCACAGCCACUCCUCGCGCAAGGAGAUGGCCCGAUCGUCCUCAUUCUCGCCCCAACCCGUGAGUUGGCCGUUCAGAUUCAAGAGGAGGUCAGCAAGUUCGGCAAGUCAUCUCGCAUUCGCAACACUUGCGUCUACGGAGGUGUGCCAAAGGGUGGCCAAAUCCGCGACCUCAGCAGAGGUGUCGAGGUCGUCAUCGCAACACCAGGUCGUCUCAUCGACAUGCUUGAGUCCGGCAAGACCAACCUUCGCCGCGUCACCUACCUCGUCCUCGACGAGGCCGAUCGCAUGUUGGACAUGGGUUUCGAGCCGCAAAUCCGCAAAAUCAUCGGACAGAUUCGCCCAGAUCGUCAAACCUGCAUGUGGUCCGCUACCUGGCCCAAGGAGGUCCGCCAGCUUGCCUCGGACUACCAGCAAAACUUCAUUCAGGUCAAUAUCGGCUCUCACGAGCUGUCCGCCAACCACCGCAUUCACCAGAUUGUCGAGGUUGUGUCCGAUUUCGAGAAGCGCGACAAGAUGCUGAAGCACCUCGAGGCUAUCAUGGAGGAUAAGGCCAACAAGAUUCUCAUUUUCACCAGCACGAAGCGCGUUGCCGACGAGAUCACCCGUCUGCUCCGCCAGGACGGAUGGCCAGCACUUUCCAUUCACGGCGACAAGCAGCAGAACGAGCGCGAUUGGGUGCUCAACGAGUUCAAGACGGGCAAGAGCCCAAUCAUGGUGGCCACUGAUGUGGCUUCUCGUGGUAUCGACGUCAAGGACAUUACUCACGUUUUCAACUAUGAUUACCCCAACAACUCGGAGGACUACGUGCAUCGCAUUGGCCGUACUGGUCGUGCUGGCCGCACUGGCACUGCCAUCACCCUCUUCACUACUGACAACUCCAAGCAAGCUCGCGACCUUGUCGGUCUCCUGACCGAGGCCAAGCAGCAGAUCGACCCUCGCCUCGCCGAGAUGGCGCGCUACGGCGGUGGCGGUGGAGGCGGCCGGUACCACGGAGGCGGACGUGGUGGGCGCGGAGGUCGUGGCGGAGGCCGUGGCGGCUGGACCGGUGGGAAUAACGCUCCUCUCGGUGGCGGCGGCCGCUGGUAG